UGACGCACAAGCAGAGUUGCCAAGUUUAAAGUGUUGUGUACUCUGCUUGCGCUGCCGUGCUGUUGUGGAGUUUUAACUUUUAUGCCUAAAACUGUUUAUGCACUCUUCUUCGUUCCUUCGCAAUCUCAUCCAGCGGCUGUUUGAAUGCAGAAAUGUUCUGAAUUUUCACCGUGUCAUGGCUUAUCAAACACCGAACUCUCGUCAAGAUGUUCAAAACCGUAAGAUUUUGGAGGAUCUUCUUAUGAAAAAGCAAAUGCUCUUGAAGCAAGGUGUGAUGCCAACUCUUAGCCCGACUGCUAUCAAUGCCCCUGUUAUGCCACCACCCACUGCCGAACAACAAAUGAACAUUAUGCAAAGGAAUGCACAGAGCUUAAUUGCCAAUUCAAACACUUUUUACGUUACAACUGAUUCUACUUUUGGAAAUCAUAUUUUACCGGUUAUCCCUCGUUUGGAAAACGCUCAUCCUAAAUAAGUCUGAUUUUCAUCGUUUUGA